AUGCCGAGUGCUAUUUCAGAAUGGUCAUUAUCCAUGGUCACAGGAGGUAAACCAUUAUAUUUGCCUUAUUCACAAGCAACUGCAUCUGUCUUUUCUCAAGAUGGUCGAUAUGUGAUCAUGGCAUUAUCACAUCAAUUAAGAGUGUAUUUUAUUUCAACCCGACAAUGCAUCAAGACUAUCGAGUUAGAUUUACAGGACUUGGCUGAUUUGAAAAUAGAUGUUACCAAUGGAAAUCAGGUGUUAUUAUUUAAAAGCUCUGGAGAAAUAUUGACUGUAAAUUGGAAAGAUAAGGUUUCUCAGCCAAUAAUAUCUACUACCAACAUAAAUAAAACUCAAUCGGGUACAUCAUUGCCUUUGUUAUCAGUCAUAUCAGUUAAACAUUUGUUUUUCAUUAUUGUUACUGGUAGAAAGGAAAAGAAAAAGGGAACUCCACAUACCCGUUAUAUAAAUUAUUUUGAUAGAAAUCUGGAAUCGCUUGUUCCAAUAGUUGAAGUCGCCAACUCAAUAAAUUUCGCAACUUCCUUGGAUAAUACAAAAAUUGCAUUUAUUACUAGUAGUAACGAAAUAAACUUGUUUGAUUUAUCGGGAAUAUUUAAUGUGGAUAGUAUUGAAAAUUUAUCAGAUAACGAUAUCGUCAAGGAAACCAUUCCAUUUGUGUAUCGAUCCCCAGUGACAUCAAUAGCUGUGUCUAAUGAUUCCAUGGUUGCCAUUGGUACAUCUGCUGGUCCAAUUCAAAUAGUCUACGGUGGGUUGAACACUCCAAAACCUCAGCGAGUUUUGAAAUGGCAUCUUGAUCAAGUCAAAGGGUUAAUGUUCACUGCCGAUAACAAUUAUUUACUUUCCGGUGGUAUGGAAAAAGUAUUAGUCUUUUGGCAAUUGGAAACAGAAAAGAAACAGUUUUUGCCUAGAUUGAAUGGGGUGAUUGAUAAGGUCUCUAUUGAUAACUAUAAGGAUGAUUAUAUUUCAUUGCAAUUGAAUGUCGAUAGUUUGAACAAUAAUUACGAAAUCUUGGUGUUAUCAGCCGUCGAUUUAGUGUCUCGUUUAUCUGUCAAUACCAUAAGACCUAAAUUUGCCCAUAAUAUUGCCACUACCCUUUCCAAAACGAAAAAGAAAUUCAUUAACAGUUCUUCAGAUUUUGAUAAAUUCAAGAUCAGGUACGAUUAUACUAGUCAGUUUGAAAUUCAUCCAAAGACGAAAAGUAUGUAUUUCCCCAAUGGAGCCUUGAUUCAAUCAUUUGAUUUAUUCAAGAAUGAGCAAAAUUUCAUUCAACAUGGUGCUCCAGUAUUGGGUAUCGGUAAAGUUAGAUCAGAAACUAAACUAUUGGAUCCUCUGGUCACAUUAUUGAAAUUCACUCAUGAUGGAGAAUGGAUGUGUACAUUUGAUGAAUUUACCAAUACUGAAGUUGACAGUUUAUUAUUAAAAAAUGAAAAACAAUAUGCAUUAAAGUUUUGGAAAUAUAUCGGCCAUAAAGAGACCACAACCAGUGGUAUUAAUAAUAAAACUGGUCAUUGGGAAUUGACAACAAAAAUUAUUGAUCCUCAUGGAACUAAUCCUAUUUUAGCCGUGAUCCCAGCUCCAACUUCUUAUUUCAAUGGGUUGGCAUUUUUAACUGCUGAUGAUAAAGGUGGUUUGAGAAUUUGGAGACCUAGUGUGCCCAAAGAACAAUAUAAAACCACUUCAGCAAGGUCUCAGCAAACUGCAUGGACACUAAGAAAAGUAAGAGCUCCUAGUGCAUUGUCAUCUGAUGCCGUUGCUUUGAGUUGGUCUGAUGACAGUUCAUUGAUUUUCCUUGGUCAUGAAUGCUCCAUUCUUACCAUUGAUUCCAAGAAUUUAGAAGAAAUCCCUGAUUUCAAAAUUCCGUCAUUAUCGGGAUCCAGAGUUAGAUCAUUAAACAUUGUCAAUAAUAAUCUUAUAGUGUUAUCUAAAACAAGAAUAUCUUCAUUUGAUUUGAUCACUGGUGAAUUGACCAGCUUGGUGGCCAAAGUGAACACCACUAUUGGAGCUAAGAAUUUGAUUACUAUUGAUCCCAUUAGGAAAUUGGUAUGUUUGGCAUUAAAUUAUUAUUCUGAUGAAGACAAUUCACUUUCCAUAAAAUCUAAAAUCUUAAUCUUUAAGCCAAAUCAAUUAAAACCAGUUUGGGUUCACUUACAUGACCAAGGUAUUUCAUCGAUUCGUUAUUUUAACUCAUCGUUUGUAUUUGUCGAUUUAGAUUGUCGGGCUGGUACAAUUUAUAGUAAUGAGGAAAUAACUGAAACAGUUGAAAUUGGUCUAACCCAGGAAAUCAACAACAUGCUAAUAACUGCACAAGCUACUGCUGACGUAAUAAACGAUAGAAACGUAAAGACUACUGUUGGGCAUCAGCAGAAUGGAAAUAAGGAAGGAGAAAUGGAUAUAGACAACAGUGUGGCAUAUUCUCCAAAAGUGGUUGAUCUUCAUACUUUCCAACCAAUAUUUCAAAACAUUGAAGGUGUUCAAGUUGAGUCAUUAUUUGAACGUAUAGUUAAUGUACUUAAAUAG